AUGUCCGACUUCACGCAGUACUUGGAUCUCUCGACGUACCCACCCUUUUCUCCGCUUAUGGAGCCUGCUCAAGAUAUGUCCAUAACUAGACAACUUCCGGACUUCCCCACCUAUCCCUUCCCCACCAUAGGGAGCACCCUCGACGCCGCGACGGGCACGAUCGCCGAAGACCUCACUUCAUACAUGCCGCAACACGGCCCGUCGCUCGUCGGGAGCACCUCCGACACAGACGCGACGGACACGAACGCUGAACCUGAAUCUCUCGCUUCAUACCUCCAGCGAUGCGACCCGUUGCUCCUCAAGGAAUUCAAGAAGGAGUGGGGAUUCGAAACUGACUCUGACGACGGCUCUGGCUCGGGUCCUAGUUCUGAUAGUGUUUGGGAACAAGCGCAGAGAGAGGCGGAGCAUAUUCAACCAGCAGGGCGUGAAGAAGCGACGAGACAAGCAGAGGCUGAGCUACCGAUGGAUAUGGAUAUGGAUAUGGACGUCGCGAUGAACAUCGAUACGCACGAAGGCGCGAACGACGACGACGACGAGAACAAUGACAUCGACGUUGAUAUAGGUGUCGACAAGAAUUCGAAUGCGGGUGUCGGCUUCGAACUGAGUUUCACGGAAUUUACUCAGCUCUUAUCACCUUUGGAUUAUGGUGCUGGUGAUUCUGGGUCUGGGUCUGGUUCUGGUGACGGCUCCGACUCGACUAGCUCGUCCCCUCUGUCGGAAGUCCCCUCGACACCACCAUCGUCUUAUGAUCCUUCUCCAUCAACUUCUGCACCAUCUUCUUCUCAUGCUCCUCAGGCGUCUUCACGUAAGGGUCGUACAUCUCAGGUCGCCGGGGAGCCUCUCGUGACGCGUGCUGGGUCUCGUCUGAAACCUUUCGGUGCGGAUGCUACGAACGAGGAAAAGGACGAAAGUCGCCGCCUGUGGGGACAAAUGAGUACCGUUCUGAUUGGCCAAGGGUAUGCGUUGAAAGCGUGUCGGAGAAUUCCUCUGGACGAGAUGGUCCAGCCCGCCUAUAUUGCACGCGGGUCGGACCCUCUCGAUGCCUGGCAUUCGGGGCAGAAUUACUACCCCGUCCCCUCCGCACCCGAGCUCGCCAUCAAACGCUCUACAGGCUCUAGCUCACAACUGCCUCAGGCCGUCUCUCGGCGUGUUACUCCCGGCUUCAUCCACUUCGAGUCGAUCAAUCAAUACGGACCUGGAGUAGCUCUCAUCGAGGCGCUCAACGACAGGGACGUGGCAAACUCGAACUCAUGGCCGGCGUUUGACUUUGGUGGGAACAAGUCGGGGGAGAUAAUCCCAUUCUGGCCCGGCUAUGGUGAGGGUCGUCGUAUACAGAUUCGCCAGGGGAUGCGGUAUGGAGAAGUCGCGCGGCUGAUCGCCCAAGAAUACCACGCAUGUUGGAAGCGCUGGGGAGCGAUGACCGUCUCUGCCAAAGAACACCUGGGCCACCGCAUUGCGGAUUCCAGACACACCCGAAGGACGACGGCCAUUGAUUUCUCACAGGUCAGAUUGAGGGGAUUGUUCUCGCUCGGUAGUGGUGAGCCGUAUUACGCUCAUCUCGUGGUGAAGAUUCCUUGA